GAACACAACACAUACCAAUCUCUUCCUUACUUUUGAGAGCCUCAUAUACCUUUGCUAGUAAUAUACUAUCUUUAACCAAAUUAGAGACCAAGUACCCACAAAUGGGGAACUCUUUGGGAAGCAAAAAGACAACAAAAAUCAUGAAAAUCAGCGGAGAAACAAUGAAGCUGAAGACACCAGUGAAGGCAAUUGAAGUGGUGAAGGACUAUCCAGGCCAUGUGUUGCUAGAAUCAGAGUCGGUUAAACACUACGGCAUCCGAGCGAAGCCGCUCGAACCACACCAAAACUUGGAACCCAAGAGGCUGUAUUUCCUAGUAGAGUUGCCAAAGACACCGACAGAGAAAGUUCCGAGGAGGGUUCGGUCGGGGAUCAACAUGAGUGCUAAAGACAGGCUUGAGAGUCUCAUGUUGUCUAGAAGAUCAAUUUCAGAUUUGUCCAUCAUUAAACCUAGUGGUGGUAGUGCUAGUACUAGAAGUUGCAUUGAUGAGACCGAGAGUAAUGGUGUGAUGAGGUUGAAAUUGAGACUUCCGAAGGGGGAAGUGGAGAGGCUGAUUAAAGAAAGCAGAGAUGAAGCUGAUGCAGCUGCGAGGAUUGUGGAUCUUUGUGUGGCAAAUACUGGAAAUGAUGAUGAGAUUCAACAGCAAGUGCAUUGGAAGAGUCAAAAGAUUAGCAAGACAAGUGAUCAGUGCUUAUCCUUACAGAAGCGAGUCAGUUUCCUGCCAGCAAGUACAGAAGCAGAGAUUCAAGUCGCAGUGGCUUCUUAUUAGUAGAAAUGUUGGUCAUUAAUUUUUAAUCAAGUGGAGUGGAGUGGAAGUGAAGAAUGAUAGCCUUCAUGUUCUCAUCAACCAAAGCUGUUGUAUGUCUCAUUAUUGUACAUAGAAGAGUGUUUUGUAGCUGAGGAUAAUGAAAGAGCUUUAGAGUAUUAUAUGGGUAUGUAGCCUUGACAGGCAAUAUGAGAAUGAUAACUUCCUGUUUUAUAUCAGACAUCUUUUCUUAGCAAGUCAAUGAAGAACAAUAUC